CUACAGAAUCAGUCUUAUAAACAACGUCUUCACAUACACACGUAGAUAUGAGCAAAUUAACAAUAAUGAUUAAAUAGUGGUUGGUUCACAAUAUUAUAGCUGGCUCAUUUUAUUGGUCGUUUUAAAACUUGCAAUAGGAUUCGGCGGCCUUCGGUCAGAGUGUGUGUGUGUUUUUUUGUUUUUCCUUGUGCUGUGCUAACUCAAGAUGUCAUUAGCACUAUUUUUAAUAUUUUUUGUCGCUCCACUAGCCCACAGCGCAAACACAGGCACACCCAAGCCGCCGACGAUAGACGAGUCAGUGCUCCAGAAUGUCUUCGGUAGCCCGCAGUCCUUCUACUCCCAAGCAGUCCCCGUGGUGCCAGAGAACGGUACCCUGGUUGACCCGGACUAUUGGGACUCGGAGGAUAUUUACCGGCCGUCCAGUCUAACGUACGACCUGUUCGAUUUGAGCAUCACUAAGCGUGUAGCCAAGUCCUCUCAGAACAACUUCCUGAUGUCCCCGCUGGGGCUGAAGCUGGCGCUCGCCAUCCUGACCGAGGCGGCCACGGGGACCACGCAGGCCGAGCUGGUCUCCGUGCUGAACUUCGACAAGGACCGGAACACCGUCAGGCACAAGUUUGCGAGCAUUGUUAGCUCGCUGAAGACGAAAUCCCCUCAAUACAUCUUAGACCUGGGCAGCAGAAUCUAUGUGGACAACACAGCUAAGACGAGACAGAGGUUCGCCGCCAUUGCUGAACAGUUUUACAACACUGAGCUCCAGAACAUAGACCUCAGCAAGCCAGCGCCGGCAGCUAAGGACAUCAACGCCUGGGUCUCUGAGAAGACUCAGGGAAGAAUCUCACAGUUGGUCACUGAAGCCGACCUGGCCAGUGCGGUGGUCCUGAUCCUCAACACCCUCUACUUCCGAGGCACCUGGCGCCACCAGUUCGCCCCCAACGAGACGGCCGCUGCGCCAUUCUACGUCACCCCGAGCGUCCAGAAACAAGCACAUUUCAUGAAGGUGCAGAACAGCUUCUACUACGCCGAGUCGAUGAAGUUUGACGCCAAGAUCCUCAGGAUGCCGUAUUUGGGUAGAAAGUAUUCCAUGAACAUCAUAGUACCGAACUCUCUGUCAGGCCUACCACGAGUCGUGGAGAACCUCAGCGAGCUACGGCAAGAGAUGACGUUCCUCACGGAGAAGGUGGUUGACGUGACCAUACCACGAUUCCAGUUUGAUUACACUACGCACUUCGAGAACAUUCUCAAGGAGCUAGGAGUGCGAGAGGCUUUCGAGGACACGGCGUCGUUCCCGGGCAUCUCGCGCGGGCAGACGCUGCGCCAGCGCCUGAAGGUGUCCAACGUGCUGCAGAAGGCCGGCAUCGAGGUCAACGAGCUCGGCAGUACAGCCUACUCGGCUACUGAAAUAUCUCUAGUGAACAAGUUCGGCACAGACAACGAUGGCAUGCAAGAAGUGAUAGCCAACAAGCCAUUCCUGUUCUUCAUUGAGGAUGAGGCCACCAGACAACUGCUGUUCAGCGGCAGAUUCGCCGACCCCACUGCUACAAUCAAAAUGGCCAAAGGUCUUCUGAAAGUAUGCAGUUGUGCGCCGCGGCUAGAGUCAUUCUUGCAAUACUGCGUCCAAGCAGAACCACUAAAAGGAAAUUUGAUAGACGCAGAUUACUGGGAUGAUGACGAACCCUCCACUUAUGAACCUCCCACCAUGCCAUAUGACUUCUUCGACUUGGGCUUAAUACAGCGUAAAGCUGAAGGUGUUGGCAAUUUUCUGAUAUCACCAUUUGGAGUGAAAACCGCAAUAGGCCUCCUUGCAGAGGCUUCUACGGACACCACGCAGGUUGAGCUCAUCAAUGCAUUGGGCUUUCAAACCGACCGCUACGCAAAUCGAAAGAAAUAUUCAGAGAUUAAUAACUUUAUGAAGGCAAGAAUUAUGGACAAUCUGCAAGAACUUCAUAAGGAGAUGGGUUUCCUCAGGGAGAGGCUGGUCGAUGUCAACUUGCCAAAGUUUCAGUUUGCUGACGUCACAUCAUACAGACAAAUAUUGUCAGAGUUGGGUAUACAAGAAGCUUUCGGGGCAACAGCGUCCUUCCCUGGUGUGAGCCGGGGUCAACAACUAAAUGGAAGGUGGAAAUUGAGCACCGUUUUACAGAAAGUUGGUAUCGAAGUCAACGAAUUCGGUCCUAAUUCGCGUUACAAAAGUGACGAGACUUCCGACACCUCUGCCAUCGGUGCAGUGUUGGAGGUGAUAGCCAACAGGCCCUUCUUCUUCUUCGUGGAGUACGAGCCGCUGAGGCAGGUGCUGCUGGCCGGCAGACUGGCGGACCCGGCGCCACCCCCUGUUCGGGUGCCGUUAUUGAAACUGGCAGUAAAUGUGUCUGACACUGGUGCAGUGUUGGAGGUGAUAGCUAACCGGCCCUUCUUCUUCUUCGUGGAGUACGAGCCCCUGAGGCAGGUGCUGCUGGGCGGCAGCUGGCGGACCCGGCGCCGCCCCCGCCCGGGUGCCGCGUUCCUAGCCAGCCAGCUGUGCACGCUAAACGGCCAGUACAGCCAGAAGGAUAAGUCCCUGAACUCUCGUCUGAACUACUUCGACACGGACCUUCUUCGCUAUGCCGCGGAGGACCGGCCGGGCAACAUCAUGCUGUCUCCGGCCAGCAUCAAGUCAGUCCUCGCCAUGAUCCUGGAAGGAGCUGGAGGGAAGACCGAAGCGGAAAUACGCAGCGCUUUGAGGCUGUCUCCGAAUAAAAGGGACUACAGGGAACAGUUGCACCUGUAUCUCCAAUCUUUGCAGGCGCACACUCCAGGAACGCAGCUGGAAAACGCAAAUGCAGUGUUCGUGUCAACAAAACUGGGCAGGCAAGUGAAGCAAGAGUACGACCAGAUGAUCAGGAAGGUCUACAUGUCGGAGUUGACCCCCUUAGACUUUCUGAGGACCGACAAGAGUGCCCAGCACAUCAACAAGUGGGUUAAAGAUAAAACGCAUGGCCUGAUUCCUGAAGUUAUUCAACCAGGCAACAUAAACCCAACAACAGACAUCCUUCUGCUAAACGCCCUGUACUUCAAGAGUAACUGGGCCCGCGCCUUCUUCGAGGGCAGCCGGAGCUCCUGCUUCUACACCCAGGGCCAGUGCCGGAAGGUGGCCAUGAUGAGCCAGGUGGACGAGGUCAACUACGCCUUCGUGGAUAAUCUGAGGGCUCAUGCUGUCGAGCUGCCGUAUGUGCACGGCAAGUACUCCAUGAUAGUCCUGGUGCCGGCGGAGCGCGAGGGUCUGGGCACGCUGAUCCGGGACCUGCCCUACAUGAGCCUGCCGCAGAUCUCGGACCUCAUGCAGAGGACGGAGGUGGACCUGUCGCUGCCGAGGUUCCAGGUCACGUAUGAGGAGGACCUCGUGCCGAUAUUGAAGAAGAUGAAAAUCAACGAAGCAUUCACCAAAGACUCAAACCUGACCGGCGUGUUCCAAGGGGAGUCGGCGCAAAUCAACGCGCUAUUCCACAAAGUAUACAUUGACGUCAACGAGCAGGGAACCGAAGCGGCCGCCUCUACCGGAGCAGUAGUGGUGCCGCUCAUCAGCGAUAACGUCCAGUUGCUGGUGGACCGCCCCUUCGUGUUCUUCAUCAGGGAUAAUGAGCUGGGGUCCGUGCUGUUUGAGGGGAAGAUUGAGGAGCCAACUAGAUGGGAGGAUAGCCCGCGAGGACGCAAACCCGCAAAGGCACCUCAAUCUUCUGGUAACAGGAAACAAGGACGAAAAUAAUUUAAGACUUUACCAUAAAUUAGUUAUUAGCUAGGUAUUUAGUUUUAAAAGGUAUACAAUAAUUAAAUAA